AUGGCGUCGCCUAUGCCGAUUACGUCCAUGGGUAACUGGGGAGGGAACGGCCAGGCCAUGCCAUCAUCACAGCCGCCUCUUGCUAUGAACGAGGCAGACGAGAUGGGCGUUCAGGUCAAGACGAUGGGCCUCAAGGUCGUAUACGCAUUCGACGAUAACGGGGAAAACUUCCUGGCGCGGCAUCCCCAGCUGGUCACAAUCCAAACAGUACCAAUCGACGACAAACGGACUAUCGGCAUGGUCGACUUGAAGAUGUGUGCCCAGGCAGUUGUCCGAUGCAGUCCCGAGCUUCUUAACGAUAUCACUCGCGACUUCGCCGUCUACGCCUACGACUACUCGGAACCCAACGAGCCCAUGGUUGGCCAGGGCCUACUCAGUUGGGUCGUUAAUAACGUUGAGGAGAAGAAGAUUAUUGGACGUGUCACCAGGAAUCCGCUGUCGGUUUUCAGCGGAGGCGUUAAAGAUAUUCUGGAGAUCAGGUUCAAGCUGAAGCCCGUGGCUGCCAUGGCACAACCCCAGUUCGAGACCGAACAGAAGCCCGACCCGCGACAUUCAUAUCACCGCUCCGAGAGCCACAUGAGCGUCGAGAUCCAGCCUACGAGACCUGCCGAAGGUGCACUCACGCCGUCGAGCCAUGCCGAAUGGAAUCAGCUCAUGCAAUCAAAUCCGCAGAUGGGCAACCAGCAAAACCCUUCCCGAGUUGCAUCACCUCACCCACCGCCACAGUACCAGGACUUCCAGCAGCCUCAUCAUCAGCGCAGCAACUCGUUCAGCUAUAACAUACCGCCACAGCAAUUGUCUCAGCCGAUGCCUCAGCCUCCUCAACAACCACCGAUGCAAAAUUCUGAAGGACCCAACCGGGUUGCCCCGACCCCUGUUGACACAGCAACCGAGCCUCAGGCCAACCCACCCUCCAGACCGUCAUCCAGGGCAUCGAACCGGUCAAAAAGGUCAAAGCCUACGGGGCGUCCUCGUGGCCGACCUCGCAAGCAACCACGACCUGAGACUCAGGGCAACACCUCCGGAUAUGAGGAUGGUACAGACGGCGACGAGGGCCCAGCCAAGAAAAAGAGGGCGACCACGACCCAGGUCACGGCCAACAUCAACACCCCAUUCGGGGGUGGCCCAGAGCUUUUGCGAGUGGCAGCUAGCACCUCCGGCUCGCUGCGAAAUCUGCGGCCAUCAGGACUAUCUACGGAGACGCCGCUGGGCGCCCAUAUGCAGGAAGUGCCCAGAGCCCCGACACCCGUACCCGACAGAGGCCUGGCCAAGCCGCAAGCUGGUAAGGCAGCGAACGGCAGCAAGCUUCGUCGACAAUCGACUCUGAGCCAGGCUGCGACACCACCAAGCCAGCCUCCUUUUUCUGAUGUUGCCUUUGCCCUGUCCCCCAGUCAACAGGACGGUCGCUCGCCUGUAGACUCGGAGGCAGCUUCGCCCAUGUACUCGGAGGACAGCCCUGCAGCCAUCGGUUCUUCACCGCCAGUUCCGCGAACGGUUAGCUUUGUGCGAUCGAGCCCGCCAGCAUCAAGUCCCAUUCUGCCACCGAUGCCGAUGCCUAUGGGACAACCCGCCGACUCGGGGUUCAUGAGUGGAAGCGUGGAUGACUUGUUUGACGAUGAAGGAAUGAAGCAGCUCCCCCAACCGGUUACGGCGCCACCGAAUCUCAAUGCCACCAAGGAGAAACGAAACCGCUCAGGGAUCCCAAUUCAAGUGUUCCAGUUGGCGCCCCAACAUUCUAGCGAAGCGGACAUCGCCAGAAACAACAUGCAUCAUGUUGCAACCCGCCCACCGACCUCCACACCUUCACAAGAGCCCGUGUUACCUACGUUUACACGAAGUGUUAGUGACUCGAGAGCUAUCAUGGCUCCUCCGCACCCGCAACCGGCGGGAAAAGAACCUUCGCCACAACAUGAGGAGCCAGUUGUGGCGGUUAAAGCCGACGUCGAGGGCGACGUUUCAGGUGCUCCCAAAGUUGAGACCCCGCAGCCGUUCGACGGCCUGGAGAUGGGAUUUGAACAGCUUGUUCAGGCAGUGCAGAGCGAGCCGGAGAUGGUUCUGUCAGUUCCAACGAAGAUUGCGGAUGGGGAUGCGUCGUUUGUCCGACCUUCCGCGCCUCCUUCGCUCCAACGCUCUGCGUCUUCUGGCUUCUCCCUGGCUCUCCCUACAGUGCCAGCUAGCGACCCGGUUGGCCCAAUGGCUCUGGCGGUUCUCCCUCAGCCCGAUGUCACUUCCUUCUCCGAGGCACCUUGCCCGCCUAGUGACGCGCUGCAGCCUCCGAAGUCGCCAGAACAGCCUUCUCGGACGAACAAGAAUUACGUCAAGAAGCAGGCAAUUAGAGAAAAGCUUCUGCAGGCUAUUGAGAACGGAGAGACUCCAAUGUACUGCACCAACUGCGGCGCGAUCGAAACUCCUACGUGGCGGAAAAUCUGGACUCAGGAACAUAAGGGCAAACCAGAGUUUACAGAGUUCUCCGAUAAGCCUGGAAGAGUUACCGCCAUCAUCGUUCUGGACCGCGACAGUGAUGAGACACCGACGAGGUAUCAGAUCAUCAAGAAAUCCUUGCUCCCCGAGGAAAAGAAGGAUGACUACACGGGCCACAUGCUCUGCAAUCCAUGCGGCAUUUGGCUUUCAAAAUGGAAGGCCCAUCGGCCACAGGAGAAGUGGGAGAAGGACAGGUCCCGACUCAAUCAGCAGAGACGUCCUCGUGGCACUGGAAGAGCUCCCCGACCACCAAGGGUCAAGAAGACAGGGGCAAACCAGAUCAACCCGACAUCCGAGGCUUACUUCACCACCGACCCCAUUGGGCCCGAAGAUCGGGGAAUUUCGCCGAUGGACGAUGAAAGCAGAUCGCGAGGGGCUUCCCAAGUGAGCAACCUCAACGAAUCUUUUGAACAGUCGCAGCAACAAGCAGAACAGUGUGGCUCGCGUCCUGCAUCGCCUGGUAAUGCUUCCAAUCCGGGCUCUACCCACUCAAGAGGCAGUGGUACAGCGAAGAGUCCUAUUACUAUUGAUAAUGCCGAUGCUCAUGACAUGGGUUCGACACGACGACUCCUGUUCCCAUCGCCACGAAAAGAAGGCGUUGCAAAGGUUCUUGGCGAGCUCGCCGUUAACAUCGUGCAAACGGCACCAGGCUCUAAUGGAUCGACCGAGGCAGCCCAAAGCAAAGCUGAGGACGACUCCGGCAAGAAGACUGGGCCGAGGGCCCCGGGCACAAACAAGGAGAAUCUCGCAGUUCCUGACGAUAACCUCGAGGAUCUUUUCGGAAGCCCGGCAAUCGCCCGUCCGUCUACUCCGCCUCCCCGAGACAGGGCCCCUAACAGCGCCCUCUUCAAAACACCGACUCGACCGACCCCAAGCCACCGACCGAUCACCCGGAGCGUCACUAGAAGUGUUUCCCGUUCGCUGAGGUCGAACGACUUGCUUCGAUCUCCGGCAGCUGUCCGACGGACGCCGACGCGGACACCUCGAUCGUCUAAGGUCCCGAUUCGGAGGAGUCCUCGUCUACAUCAAGAAGAUUUCUCUCAGAUGGAGAUAGCGUUGGAAGAGUACCUCCAGACGCAGCCAUUGGAUCAUCAGUACGAUUCUGACAUGCUGGAGGCUAUGAACCGAGCAUUGGCAGAGACGAUGAAUGCUUCAGGGACGAAUUUCGACAUAAGCAACAUGGACCUUGAAUUCGGUGAUCUUUUGGGAUCGCCUGCCCGACCCACUCCACGAAGUCGACACAUCACGGAUUAUGAUGAUUGGGAAGCUUGGGAGUCCAAUACACGAGCGCGUCAGGCGGCAGAGGAUGCUCGGCGCAACUAG